AUGAAGCAAACGACUUUAUUUGAUUCUUUUGAAUCAGCCAAAAAAAAUACUUUUAGUCGUGAAAAGAAGCGCUAUCGCAAAGAUGAAGAGCCAGUUGAAUCGCUCUCGAAUUUUUUAGGUGAAACAUUAAGCCUUCCGACAGAGCAAAUACUUCCACAUCAUUUUUUCUCAUUAUGUGGAACCGAGCACUCCAAGAAAGUUUGUAGUCUUUGGAAGGAACGUGAAGAAAGAAUCCAUUUUUUUCAGCAUCAGAAUAUACAAAAAGGUCUGAGGUGGAAUCAUUUUAGUCGUAAUGAAGAAGGCAAUUCAGAGAGAAAUGGAAUUAUAAAUCCACCUCUUUCCCGGAAUGUUUACCAAAAUUCAAUAAUUGAUAUUUCAUCAGAUAUCAAUGGACAAGUUUUUUUCGCAUUGCAACGCUCAGGUUUUAAUCUUUUUUCAUCUAUUUUUUCUCACGAAGAGCCCGAGUCGAAAAUAUCGAAGAGUAUGGUUCUGCGUUUGGAUAGUAAUAACAUACGCGAGCACCGAUCAAUACACCCGAGUCGUUCGUUUAUUUUUUCCUGCUCACAUUUUAUAGGAAAUUCACUUUUUGUAGCAUGUGGGUACUCUAGAAUACCAUUAUUAGAAAUAUUUGAUUUAGAGGAUGUUGACGAAACCGCAUGUGAUCCAAUUUGGAGCUUCCAUCUUGAUCAAAUCCAAAGGAGUCAAGAUGCUAAUAAUAUUUUCAUUGAAGAAGAUACUCCGUUUGUAACUGAUAUUAUUUCUCUGUCAAACAAUUUGUCUACUUCAGGGCUCUCGAGCGGAGAAUCUAUAUGGAUUGAUUUACGGCAAAAGGUAGCAAUUCAAUGCACACCACGCAUAGGAACCACCUCAAGUGCACAAAAUCUUUUCGAUAUGUCUUUGGCUCAGAAGAGACCUUCUCCUCUUACAUCCAUUCUAUUUUCUUCGUCAAAUUCUAGCCUUUUAAUUACAGGAGCGAAAGAUGGAAGGGUCUCUUUAUGGGAUAUUCGAUAUCCUAAAGAUUCCAUUGAUUCAUAUCGUAGUGGAUCAGAAAUAGGGAGAUUGUGGACUUACACUGGGAAUGGGAAGCGAAUGGGCUGUCCACAAGUUUGGUUUAACAAUUAUAGAGGAGACAUUGUCGGCCUAGCUAUGGGUAAUGAUUCCUUUUCAGAAAUAUUUUCCCUUAAAACUGAGGACUCUAUGCGCGACAACUUUUCAAAUAAUAUUACAACUCAGAAACUUUCACUUUCCAAUGAAGGACUGGUAUUUUAUCCUCAUAUAUCUAAAAAUUCUAUUUUAGUUCUUGAUAUAGAAGCUGGAGUUAGAGGUUUUCUUAAUGAAAAAGUUGAAGCAGCAUCGUUUGGAAAUGCUACAUCAUAUCAGCCUAGCAAAUUUCAAAGUGCUGAUUCACUUUUCAUAGAGGACCCAUUUAAUGACCUUCACAAUAUAGUCGAUAGUAAAGUAUUGAGGGCAAUUUUUUCUUUUUCGGAUACAUCUGAUCAAAUUUCAGCUUGUUCUGUUUUUGAUGACCCAAUAUUUUUACUCGUGGGAAGCUCUGUUGGUGGUUUAUCUUUAAUUCACAACAAACAUAUAUAUUAG